AUGCCACAUUCUCCACGCCCUGCGCACCUUAAUAGCUCCCCGCCGGAAGGAUCGUCGCUGGACUCACUACGCUCAAUACACCAGCGUAGUCGGAGCUUUCACACUACCACCAGUCCUCAAACGUUCACUUUUCCACAAUUGCCUUCGUUUAAAGGCUGGUUCUCCUCUGAAGACCAAACGAAUCCUCAGGCACAGGGGAGGGAUCUAGUUCAUCCUCUCCUCAAUGAAGAAGACCAAGCGGAAACCACAGAAGAGGAACGGGAGCGCAUCCGGCGGAAGUAUGCCGCGACCAAGAGCCCAUUGGUCUUCUGUCACGGACUCUUAGGAUUCGACAAAGUCACCCUCGGACCCUCUAUCGCCCCAUUUCAGGUUCAACACUGGCGCGGCAUCCGUGAUGCGCUGGAGUCAAACGGGAUCGAGGUGCUCACAACACGCGUCCCUGCGACCAGUUCUCCCGUGGAGCGUGCCAAGGUGCUGUGCGACAAGAUUUCGGAGGUCUAUCCGGGACGCCCAGUCCAUCUAAUUGGUCACAGCAUGGGCGGGAUAGACUGCCGGUACUUGACCACUCAUCUCACCAACCGACCAUUCAAGGUGCUCUCAGUGACGACCAUAUCCUCUCCUCACAGAGGGUCUUCGUUUGCAGACCAUUUCCUCGAGACAGUGGGGCGCGAGCGCUUGCCCUCUGUAUUGUCGUUGAUCGACUUGCUCCCCAAUGGCGGGGGCGAUGGGACUGCUUUCGAGUUCCUAACAGUGAAGAACAUGCAAUUGUUCAACGAAUCCACCCCUGACGUUGAGGGCGUGCACUACUUCAGUUGGGGUGCAACAUACGAACCAGGUCUAAUCGAUACAUGGAAAUGGCCACAUUCUGUUGUGCUGGAGAAGGAGGGCCCGAACGACGGACUUGUUUCGCUCCAGUCAGCGAAGUGGGGCACGUACCUUGGAACGCUUGAAGGUGUGAACCACCUCGAUCUGGUCGGAUGGAUCAACACCGCACGCUAUAAGUGGGCGGAGAUCAUGGGCCGUGAGAUUAAGUUCAAGCCCGCGACGUUUUACCUAGGUAUUGCGGACCACCUCGCGCGUGUGGUCGAAGGCCAGGGCGACCCUGAAGGGGAUGAGCCCGCGACGAGACCGAAGCUACCACAAGAGUCGAGCGACCGUGAGCGCGGAGAGAUGGUGAACAGCUUGGGCAAGGACGAGGCAGACACUCGGAGCACAGAGUCGCUCGCGCCUGAACUAGAUGAAACUCCCGCUGGAACGCCGACAGUAGCAAGGCCUGAUAGUGGCACGCCGACCGUGGGUCGCUCGAGCACGGAGAGGGAAUGUGGGCGAUGA